AUGCCAGAACACGUCAUCGACAUCAUGGAGUACGAAGAAGACGAGGCCACGCGACAUUCACGUGGUGUCGCGGGUGUUUGGGACAACAACGACGACGAAGACGAUGACGAUGACGAUGACGAGGAUGACGAUGGUUGUCGCGAAGAUCCCAAUAACGACACCGGCACAACACUCGUGAACACGGGACUCGGAGAGGCUAUGCCCUUGCACAAUGUCGCUAAUGCGAUCGCGCGGCACGGCAGCCGUGUGGCGCCCCGUUUCGCAUCCCAGCUACCCGUGGCGGCAACGGCGCCACCACCAUCCGUCCAACACACCAUUGUGCCGUCUUCGUCCUCGUCGUCGUCUGCUGCGUCGUCAGCAGCGCUGGCCAGCACCGACAUUUGGUCGGUGUCCGUGGAAAAUGCUUUUCUGGCCGCUCUGCGCAUCAUCCCGAAAAAAGGCACGGCCAAGAUCAAACUCAAGGAACGCAAUUACGGCCGCAACGAGCUCAUCUCACUCUAUAUCCACCACAAUCUGGGCGAGUACCGUGCCAAAAAACAAAUCUCAUCGCAUAUCCAGGUAUGGAAGAAGUCCAUCCUUAACAAACUGCAGAAUGGAUCUGCAGUCACUCCGUACGAGACCGAGCUGCUACAACUCAUCGAGGAUGGCGCCGCACAGAGCCCAGAAAACGAGCGUAUCUUCCACACAGUAUUCAUGGAAAUCCUAGAAGACGUCAGCAACGGCCCCAUACCGCUGCGAUCGUACGGCGACUCCUCGGUGUCCAGUGCUGCUUCCAAUGCAUCGUCGUCUUCGCCGUCCCAAAACGCUGUUGUUGGCAUGAACAUGGCAUCAGAACGUCUACAGACAAUGAUGAAUGCUCCCACGACGGCCCGUGACAGUCAUAUUAUUUCUCCAGGUCACGUGACGGGAUAUGGCAUUUUGCGGAAUGUUGAUGGUAGUGGGCAUACCAUGAGUGCGAACAGCACCGGCAUGCGAACCUCGACGGUUUCGGAGGCCAUAACUCCGCUGGAAUACGCCCGCAGAGUUUAUGGCAAUUCUCGCUCUUACAAGUGCGUGCCUGUCAAUAUGCACGACUACACGUAUCAGCAUACUCCGGGAUCAGCAUCUCCGGAGGAAACCGUCAACCAACAAACGAUUCUCGCUGCGCAGGAAGUUGCUGCUCGACAACGCCAGCUUAUUGACACCAUGUACACGGGACAACCGCAGCUGUAUGGUCCACCUCCUACUUCUGCAGAUAUCGAGUCAGAGCAGGUGGACUUCCCACGCUACGAUCUGCCUUCGUUUGUUCCUUCUACAGCGGCAAGACCACCCGAUCAAGCAUACGCCGGACUACAAGGAAAUUCCCUGCGGCGUCCAAACGAUGAUCGGCACUCCAGAGCGCCCAGAAAUGCCAUUGGGAGCGAUGACAGCCCAGAUAGCGGUUCUUAG